UUGCGGCGGUCGCCGGCUCUGCCCCUAGCAGUGCGGAACUACAAGUCCCAGGGUCCUUGCGGCCGCCGUAGUCAAGUGGCCGGUGGAAUUGGCCCAGGAUGACAGCUGGAGAAUGGAGUCAGUUUUAUCCAAAUAUGAAAACCAGAUUACUAUUUUUGCUGACUACCUAGAAGAAUUUCCAGAUACGGAUGAGCUGGUAUGGAUCUUGGGGAAACAGCAUCUCCUUAAAACGGAAAAAUCUAAGCUGUUGUCUGAUAUAAGUGCUCGUCUGUGGUUUACAUACAGAAGGAAAUUUUCACCAAUUGGGGGAACUGGCCCUUCAUCAGAUGCCGGCUGGGGAUGCAUGCUCCGCUGUGGACAGAUGAUGCUGGCUCAAGCUCUUAUCUGCAGACACUUGGGCAGGGACUGGAACUGGGAGAAACAAAAAGAACAACCCAAAGAAUACCAACGGAUCCUACAGUGCUUCUUAGAUAGAAAGGAUUGUUGCUACUCUAUCCAUCAAAUGGCACAAAUGGGUGUAGGAGAAGGGAAAUCAAUUGGCGAAUGGUUUGGACCAAAUACAGUUGCACAGGUAUUAAAAAAACUUGCUUUAUUUGACGAAUGGAAUUCCUUGGCUGUUUAUGUUUCAAUGGAUAACACAGUGGUCAUUGAAGAUAUCAAAAAAAUGUGCUGCGUCCUUCCCUUAAGUGCUGACACAGUUGGUGAGAGCACCCCCGGCACUCUGAAUGCUUCGAAUCAGAGUAGGGGCACCUUUGCCUGCUGCCCAGCCUGGAAACCCCUGCUGCUUAUUGUGCCCCUUCGCCUGGGCAUAAACCAAAUCAAUCCUGUCUAUGUCGAUGCGUUCAAAGAGUGUUUUAAGAUGCCCCAGUCUUUAGGGGCCUUAGGAGGAAAACCAAAUAACGCCUAUUAUUUCAUAGGAUUCUUAGGUGAUGAGCUCAUUUUCUUGGACCCUCACACAACCCAGACUUUUGUUAACACCGAGGAAAAUGGAACAGUUGAUGACCAGACUUUCCAUUGCCUGCAAUCCCCUCAGCGAAUGAACAUCUUGAACUUGGAUCCUUCCGUAGCAUUGGGAUUUUUCUGCAAAGAAGAAAAAGACUUUGAUAACUGGUGUAGCCUUGUUCAGAAGGAAAUUCUAAAGGAAAAUUUAAGGAUGUUUGAAUUAGUUCAGAAACACCCAUCACACUGGCCUCCAUUUGUUCCUCCAGCCAAGCCAGAAGUGACAACCUCUGGGGCAGAAUUCAUCGACUCUACUGAGCAACUAGAGGAGUCUGACCUGGAGGAAGAUUUCGAAAUUCUGAGUGUAUAGAAUAAUGGAACCUCAUCUUGGUGAUCUGUCUUCCACCUGGCACCAGAAGAACACGAAGCCCUUACAUAACACUUUUCUAGUCAGCAAGUGCCUGAUAUGCCAACAGCAUACAAACUUGAUAGCAAUCAUGACUGAGCCAAUCACCAUUUCUCAGAAAACAAACAACAGCAACCCUUCCCCAGAAUGAACUAGAACAAUCAUGGAAUGUAGGAGCAGACAGAUUAGGAGCUGUCCCUUGCUUCCCAGCUUGUCUUACCUGGCCACUGCAAGUCUUCAGCUACUGAAACGAGAAGGUGGAGGUCAGACAGCAACUCCCACCUUGCUUCCAGCACCAGCAGAGGAGAGAUGGUUACCCUGUGCUUCUUCACCCUUUCAGGUGUGACCUCUUUGGGGCUAAAUACUAAGAAGCAAUCUAUUCUCUUUCUCUAAUAAUAAAGUGAUUGCAUCAGGGAGAGAAAGUUCUUGUUAAAUUAUUUGAAUAUGUGUUUUAAAUAAUUAUAAUUUACAUCA